AUGCUUCCUUCAACCAUGCAGAUUAUCCGAGAACAUCAACAGAAUGGUUGGUGUUGGACUAAUAUCAUGGACAAGGUCUUUGGAAUUCUCCAUGAAGGAAAUAUAAGCAAGGAUGACUAUGUGAGGUGUUUUGAAUCUCUACAAUUCACAGAAGGAAUGAAGGAUGUUUGUCACUUUCUGCAGAGCCAAAAAAUACCAACAAUAAUUAUUUCUGACUCAAACAGUUACUUUAUUGAUCACUUACUGGAGCGUGACUCUCUGCAAAAUGCUUUCUGUGGCACUUAUACAAAUCCAGCAGUGUGGUGCAGCAAUGGACGUUUAAAUGUCAAGCAUCAUCAUGAACAUUACUGUAACCAAUGUCCACAGAAUCUCUGCAAACGGAAGGUUGUUAACAAGCAUCUGGCUGAGCAAAAUCUAAGUUAUGAGCAUAUUGUUUAUAUUGGAGAUGGGCACGGAGAUCUCUGUCCCUGUCUGGCAUUGAAGAAAGGAGAUUACAUUCUAGCAAGAAAAGGAUAUAAACUUUUAAAAUGUUUGCAAGGUGAAAACCAGUCAGAAGCUAAAGCAGAAGUUGUUCCAUGGGAAAAUGGCUUUGAUGUUUUGAAAAUGUUUCAAAAGUUAUGUGAAACUUAAAUGUUAUUUUUGCAAUUUCAAUUUUUUAAAACUUAAUCACUUUGUCCCAUUUUCUACCCUUGUACUUUUUAUAAUAAGCCUCUCCACUUUUGAUAGGCCAAAUGUUUUUCAUUCAUGAAUUAAUAUGCAAGUCUCAUAGAAUAAUAGAUAAGGUAGGGAAUUCCUGAGUUGUAUUUAAUUGUGUUCAAAUUAUGUAUGUGUAAAUCUUAUCUUUUUGGCAAGUUGAUUGAGCUCAAAACUUUGAUAAUCUUAAUGUCAGCUUUUGUGCUACCAGCUAAAAACAACUCUUCUGAUUUAUUUAUAGGUGUUCAUAAUACCUAAGGAAGCACCAAUGUGAUCAAUAUAACUUUGUUUAAUCAAAUAUUCAUUUCAAUAUUUUAAGGCACUAUAUAGCUUAUAGUACAUGUUUUGCUUCAAUUUUAUCCUUGGUUCAAAUUUUCUUUUCUUUUGUUUUUGGGUAUUGUAAUGUAUGAUAAUGAGUUUGAAACAAAGGAAAAUAAAAUUUGAACCAAGGAUGAAAUUGAACCACAACAUAUACAUCUAAUUCAUUAAAAAACAAAAUUGAACACAAAUUACUCAUCAUCUACCCUAGGCCUCAUGGAUAUUUGCCCUGGAUUAAUUCUGAGUUAAUUAUUAUUUAUAUUAAGAUGGAUCUGAUUUUAUUUCUUAUUUUUAAUCAUGUGACAUGCUAUUGUGUGUCCAAAUGGAGAGCUGCUAUUUGGGAUUUAACAGUAACAUUAGUUAACAUUAUUCCAGUUUCUUGAACCUCACAAUUAAAGGGUUCUAUUUUUAAUUACCACUGAAAAUUGUGAAUUUUUAUUCAGUUACUAUGGAACAAUUCUACAAGAAGAAUUAUCUUUAUCUUCUUUUUUGAGUGACCACUAAUGUCUCCCAAAAACAUCAAAUAAUUACUGAGUCAGUAAUUAUUUGAUGUUUUUAAUCUGUUUCUUAACCAUAAGUGACUGAGACAAUUUCUCUCUAAAAUCAAGCUGACAAUGGAUGACAAUAAAGAAAAAUAUAAAUUUGGGGAUCAUCUGUUGAUUCAAAUUUAUACCAAAUUCUUAGAACUUACAUCAUGAAAAUUGUAUGGCAAACAAUAAAGAGAACUACUAAUGAGAUAUUAUAAGGUUAAAUCCAAAUCCAGUUGAUAACCUCAGGGUAAUUUUUCUUUAUGUCAACUUUCUUUAAAAGCAAUCUGACUUAAUCUCCCUGCUCCUAUAAGUACUGAGAGGUCCUGCUGAGAAGUUUGUAUAUCUAUUUAAUAAUAUUCUAUUUUUGGUUAUUCAAGAAUUAGAGAGAAAAAGGGAGACCAAAUUCAUAUUGACAUUGAAAGGGCUUUUAAGUACAACCAAUAUUUGUAGGAGAACAAAAGUUUUUCUUCUAGAACUUUCCUUAAGUAAAGAAAUUGAGAAGGAAAUUGCUGAAUAAUUAGGGGCAAAACAUCAGGACAUUGUUGUCAUGACUAUCAGGAUCAGUGAAAGAGAAUGCUAUUGGGUGGUGUUAAACUGUGGUUUUUAAUUAGAUCAGUGUUCAUUUGUUCUGUUGUGUCUUGAAUAAUGAUAAUCUUUGAAAGAAAACAGUGAAGCGGAUUUUACUACUGUGGGAAAACAGAGCAGUAUUGUUUGAAUGUUUGCAAAGCUCCUGCGAUACCAGUGAAGGGAAAUUGUGUGUAUCUAUGCUAGCAAAACAUACACUCUGUAAUAAAUAUAAUAACAUUUCGUCAGUUGUCACUUAGGUGGUUUGCUUUAGCAGGAUUGGUAUUUACUCUGGAAGGAUGUAAGACUGUCAUCUUCCUAGUAUAAGUUUAUAAUGCUAAUACCAAUUAAUGUGCAGCUGUGAUUUUGACAGCAGAGAUCAUUCCAUAUGCCAAAAAUACUUCACAUUUUGUCUUUCAUUUGGCAGUGGGUUAUCUUUCUUACAUGAAACAUCUAUUAAAUAUUUGAACAAAAUGACAACAGUGACCAGCGGCUUAUGAAAAAUAUGCAGUUGUUCUUUGAAUUGUAUUGUUUCGUUUUGGUUGUUUUGUGUUAAAGAAAAAAAAAGACGGACAAAUGAGAUCUCGCUUCGGGACUUUGAACUUCAAUCCGUUAUUUAACGCCCGUUGCCUUAUUGUGCGGCUAAUGGCAUAAUACAUUAAAGCCUUUGAUAUGGAAAUUUAAGGCUGCGAGCCAAAUAAUGAAAGUCGAACAAUUAAAAAGUUACUGCUUAUGAUGCAGAUCGCUUCACAACGGUUAAUUUCAAAUUCUAUAUUAGUGUAAAAAGGGCGAUUUCAUCGAUAAAACUCCAAAUUUAGCUGUUAUACUUGACCGUUGGUCGGAUUAGAGAUGUUCAUGAUUGCGGAAGAAUUAAAAUUUGUCCUCUUUUCAGAGGGAGUGUGAAAAGCUUGUCAGGGUGCGGAGAAUUUUUAAGCUUGAUCAAUACGAGAUUAUUCCGUUACAUCGUGUAAAUUAUUCCUUUGAAACUUUAGAAACUACCAAUACGGAUUUUAAGUUUAAACUUUCAUUUAGUCUAGAUUUUGAAUACAUAUAUUUCUUUUGAUGAAUAGUAAUUUCUGCUUUCGUAAUGAGCUGGUGCAACAAGUGCUGAUCAAACAAAAGUUUCUCCUGCCCUCAGACAAGUCAAAAGAUCAUCUGAGUACUGACAAAAAUUGCUCGCAGUUUAAAAGAGUAAACGAUUGUUGUUCGGUGCGGGUGAAAUCCGUGGCAUCGUUGACUCGUUAAAUUUCGUACAGCGCUGUUUGUAAAUCACGAAGAGUUUCCUGCUAUACGUUUCAUGUCCCUUCGAAGGUAAGCAGUUGUAUAUAUCGAUUCUAGGAUCGUUUGUGGUGGACUGAUAACGUUCGCAUUGCUUAAUUUCUUUCAUCUCCAAGCGCCCGCGACGUGUUAUUUUGCAAGCUAGCGUUCAAAUUUCAGUGGUACAAGUAAUGCAAUGACAGUCCUCUUGUCUGCUGGAAAUGUGCGAAGAAUGUGUUGCAAGCUCGUGCUAAUGAGUGGAUUAAUAGCGUUUCGUCUAUAAGCUAAUGUCGCCAAGUUCAGUUCUAACGUCAGGGUGGUACGAACCUUCUUCCAUCGGCUUGAGGUUUCUUUGUGCGGAUUCGUAGACAACGUGAUAUGAAUAAUUAUUGAAAUGGUUUCCUUCAAUUCUGUUCAUUUUAAUGAUAGAGAAAAUGCUAUUAACGAAGAUAAGAACUUAAACUUCUCUUAAUGUGUGGAAACCCAUACCGAUGAAUAUAUUACGUGCUUCCUGUCGGCGCGUGGAGAUAGUUUACACUGAAUCGUUCAAACUCUGAAUAUGAUUAGAUAUUCCGCGCUCACGUUGUUCAGGGACAGCCGAAAUGUUGCCUGAGUUGUAAUUACAUUACUUUUCUCAAAUCUGAGGGAUAUUCAUGGCGACCCGUCGCGUUUAAUACUAAGUGAGACCGAUCGCUGAAUCGCAGAGAGGUUGUUUAUAUUGUAAAGUACCUUUGUUGCCCUUUUAGUGGUUGUGAUAUUGGCUGGCAAUGGCAUGAAACAUGCUUCUCCGUUUAUUGUCGCCACGCUGAGUUUCUUUCUUUUAAUUGAAUCGAUCAAACGUUUGCACCUAGGAGUUUGAUGGUUUAUUUUCCAUGGCGGUCUCGCUGAAACAUUUCUCGUUCGGCAAGAAGCCAAGAAAAUCCAGCUUGUUUUUUUGCGGAAAACCAUUUUAGUUGUUUGUUCAGAGGAAAGUUAUUUCUUGCGAUUUCCGCUGAUUGAUACUUCAGUCGUAGAAUUUUCUUCGUUUGCGUUCGGAAUUAAUCGCCUCAUUAUUGUGACUCGUUAUUUUUUUUUUCAUCUCCAAUAUUUGGGCGGCAUAUUUUCUGAUGUUACUGUUUGUUUUUUAUAUUUCAUAUGUUUGUACUUAAAAUCUACCAUGCUAGAAUUUUCUUGAAUAACGUGGAGAUAAAAUUUUAAAAAAUGAGCAACUUUUUUUGGUCAGAAGCUUUCUCACCAUUGUCUAAAAUUAUUUGUUAAAUACAAUUAUUCAGCAAACCUUUUAUUUAGUGGCCCUAGAUGACGUUCCCGCGAAAUAAAUUGUUACUUAUAUUUUGCAGCUUUAUUUUGUCUGCUAAGAUUAAAAUUAAUUGGAAGCGCAUAUUUAAGUUCUAGAAAUAUCCAUUCCACUCCUUGUCUGAUAAAAACAGGUUAUUUGAACUUUCUAUCCUGAUGUAGAGAACAAUUUGCUAUUUUGGAUUCCAUUUUCUUGUGCCUGCUGUAGCAUAGCAUGUCCCUAGUAAUGCAGGCAAUAUUUAAACACCUGAGAAUGCUAAUGAAAAUUGAGUAAGGUAGUUGAGACUCACCUAGGCAUGAUGAUUUAAUGAAAAUGAUUUGAAAUGUAAGAUCAAAAAGAUACAGAAGCUUAUAAUUACAUGCAUACUUAUUAUGCUUGAUAUGCAAGCAUAUUAAAAUUUUUUUUUGAAUAAACUAAAUGACAUUUAUAAAAAAUAAGUACCUGUUAGUAAAGUUGAAGGUUUCAUAAGUUUUCAUUGCAUUAAAUUAUAGAAAGUUAUCUUCAAAUGGAAUUUUAAGUUUGGUAGCCUAUAUGAUUGUUGAAUGAUCUGUAGAAGUUAUUCUUGAACACAACAGGAAAGCCAUAUUUUUUAAAAAAUAUCACACAUUCCGAAGGUGAUGGUAAAAGGUGAACAAGAUUAUUAUUUUAAGACAUAAAUCUACAUUACUAAAUACAAGUCUUCAGAUAAUUAUCUAUAUUCAGACAUUUUUUUCUCUGUUCUGUAAUGUUUUGACGAGGACUGAAAUAACAGAUUCAGUGAUAUGAGAGGGAUAUCAGUGUCAUUAAACAUUAUUGAGUUUUAAAUUAAUUUUUGAGGUGAAAAUUAGUGGGCCAGUGAGCCAGUCAGAUUCAUUUCUAGUCAAGUGGUAUGAUAAAGAACACAAAUGUAUUGCUUUGGGAGAACUAAGAUUUAAUUAAUUAAGCAAAGGAUAGUAAGAGUAGUACUUUAUUAUAGAGAGGUCAUGUUUUUACAUGCAUGGCCUAUCAAGCUUAUACUUAUGAUUAUUAAAGAGCCUUUUAGAUAGCAAUCUGUUUUGAAGUAGACAGCAUGUCUGAGAAGAAGAGUGUUGUUAAUUAAAUAUGAAUCCUGCCAUCUCUCGAGUUGUCUUGUUUUUACGGAGUCCUUAUUUGCAUCAGAAAAGCUGUAUUUUGUAUUCUUGGCAAAAAAUCCUCCAUGGAAUAAUAACAGAUUUUCUCAGUAAAUGUAGGUUACAUUUUUAUCUUUAGCAACCUCAAAAUUUUUUCUUUUCAUCGCAGUAUUUAUGGAAGGUGUUUUUAUGCGUAAUUAAUAUAUUUUUUACACAAUGAAAAGGCAGUGAAUCAUAGAAUACUUGUUCAAUGUGCAGUUUGUAAUUCAUAUGAGUUUGUUAAAGUGUUUAACUGGCAUCAUGCUUCUAAACUUUGUUGUCACUUAAGCAGUACAGUGGCUUGCAACUUUUAUAACCUUUUGACAAGGGGCUGCAGUUAUUGAAGAAGAGAAAAUUUCAAACACCACUUGCCAAUAAUAUCUUGAUAUUUCUGCAAAUAAAGAUAUUACAAUUCAACUCCGAAGAUAGCUUUUGUUUGAAAGUGUUUCAUCAGAUAGAUCCUCUGAAAAUUUAAAUUGCAGUAUGUAAUGCAUAGAUUUGGUUUGGAAAGGAAAGAGAUGUCAUUCCAGAAUGUGUAAAUAUUUUUAAAUUGACUAUGAAAUCAAUAUUUGCAUUUGGAGUGUAGUAGGAAUCCUUAAUUAUAAAGUAAACAUUAUUAUUAUUAUUAUUAUCAUCAUUUUCGUAAUCAUUUAACUCAAAGGUCAUAAGAAGAUACUAAGAAAGAUGCUUAAAGUGUGCAUCAUAUUCUCAAUUUUACAGAUGAGUCCUGCAACAUAUGCAGUGCUGCUAUUUCUUAUGGCAGCAGUGUCUGGUGUAAGAGGAAUAAACAGCACAGUAAGCCAAGGUGUAGGAAACAGUAGCUUACAAACCAACCUUAGUACCACGGUGAUGCCGAUAACACAGGUCUCUACAGAUCUGCCAGUCAAUGCUACUGAUACUACUCCAGGGAUAAAGAAGGGAAAAUGCUAUGACUUUGAUGUGUUUGUCCUGAAUAACCAACUCAACAUACCUUACACUGUCACAUGCUGUAUUGCUGUCCUCUGUGGAUUUUAUCUAAUUUUAUUUGGUGAGAUAUUCUUCAAACCUUAUAUUAUGUUAGUAUUGUAAUGAUAGGAAUAAUGAUCUACAGUUGAUGAAUGAUUUUAGGUACAAAGAUAAUUGUACUAAAGUUUUGCAUUUAAUGGAAUGAUUUUCACCAUCAUGGAAGUCCGGAGAUAGAAAAUUUUGAGAUGGAUAAAGAUGAUAACAAUUGCAUAUUUCCAAUGUUCCACUUAAUGAGGAAUAUGCAGAGGAAAAAUGAUACAAGAAAUUUAACUAUGCAAAUCUAAGCUAUACAGAGGAACUAUCAACAAAAAUGUGACUUGGAGAAUAAACAAUCAGAUUUGGGAGUUAAAGGUUAAAGAAUGUAAUAUAAAUAGUAUUUUAUAUAAUCACUGAGAAAAUUGGUGAGUAAGAAAGAAGGAGUUUACCCUACCCAGCAUUUCAGUUAAACAAAAUACAGUGAACUUACAUUACAUGAUAAAAUAUUAUUCAAGGUCAUUUGGACUAUUUGUAAUUUGGCAUUUUCUUCAUUGGUAGGUUACAGAUUCUUCAAGUGCAGCCUUUUCCUCUUGGGAUUCCUACAUGCCACCUUUGUCACUUACGUCAUCUCUAUAAACCAUGCUGACCUGCCUAUGUGGGGUAUUGUUGCUGUCAGUGCAGCUGUUGGAGUAUUCUGUGGUCUUUUGACAAUGUUCUGCUCAUACUGUGGUCUAUUCCUGGCAGGAUUAGGUCUUGGAUUUUUCAUUGGUGUAGCCAUAUUUUUUGUCAUCUCAACAUUUUACCAUGUGACUCUUGUGUGGAUACCAUUUGGGGUUCUCCUUGGCUUAAGUUUGAUCUUCAGUUUAUUGACAUUAAGAUGGCAGAAAGGAUUCUUCAUUGUGGCAACAUCUCUCAUCGGUGCUGCACUGAUAACAGGUGGUGUGGACUAUUUCACUGAAGAGUUUGUGCUUCUCAAUUACACCCGACAGCACAUCAUGGCAGGUGAUGUCCAGGUGGAGUGUUGGGUGACGUGGAUCAUCCUAGCAAUAUGGCCUGUCAUGUUCAUCCUUGGAAAUGUGGUGCAGUUCUGUAAAACAGGAAGAAGUUUCAGUCACAGGAAAAGUGAGUUUAAAGUCAUUACAAGAAAUUACUUUUUGAUGGAAACAAAUAAGGAUUUGCUUAGCAAAAAUCCCUCAGUUACCCGUGAUCUAAUAUCAAAUUUCCCCUCUGAUUCACAUGCAUUUGGAAGGCAAAUUAAUAGAAGAAUCUAUCAGUCAAUCAAAAGUGGCUCAAAAGUUGGGCUCUUAAUCAGUGUUGAAGACACAGUUGAAGUAAAACAAUAAAGGACAAAAAUACCAAUUGAGAGAACAAUAAGUUUAUGAGCUGGUGUUUUAUUGUGACAUGUGCUGUGUCUUCUACACCAAGAAUGAGCCAAGAGAUGUGUUCAGGAAUACCUUGAGCACAUGAUUUAUGGGAGGUUACACUUAGGCAAUAAUAGCUUGUGAUAGCCAGCUCCCAGUUGGCUUGUUAGCUCAGUUGGUAGAGUGCUGCACUGGUAUCGCAGAAGUCAUGGGUUCAAAUCCCGUAUGGGCCUGAAUUUUUUUCAGGUCUUAUUUCAACUACUUGUUCAGUAGUGUUCAUAGCUGUGAGGAUCUCUUAUAUUCGUUUCUUCACCGCAGUGCACGUAUAUGAUUUUCAUAUAUCCACAAUCAUUAUUCAUCACUUGGAUGGUUUAUUUGGAUCUAACAUAAUGACCAGCUCCCAGUUGGCUCAAAAGCUCAGUUGGUAGAGCACUGCACUGGUAUCACAGAGGUCAUGGGUUCAAAUUCCAUAUGGGCCUGAAUUUUUUUUCAGGUCUUAUUUCAACUACUAGUUCAGUAGUGUUCAUAGCUGCGAAGAUCUCUUAUAUUCGUUUCUUCACCGCAGUGCACAUAUAUGAUUUUCAUAUAUCUACUAUCAUUAUUCAUCAGCUUGUGAUCUGUUGACUUGCACUAAUUGAAGUUUUUGUUAUUCAUUUUGUAGGAUCAGACUCUGUCUCUCUCCAAGGUGAAGAUAAAGCCAUGAAGAGAUACCGCAGCCUCAACAUGAAUGGCGAUGUUGUUGCUAAGGUUAGUGAACAAUAGUUAUCUCUUUGAAAUACCAGUUAUACAUUAGAUAUUCUUAUAACAUUGCUUAACCCUUUAACUCCCAGAAGUGAUUAACAUAAAACUUCUCCCUACAAUAUCCAUACAUUCUUCAGCAAACAGGUAAUGAGAAUUUUCAAACUUAUCAGGUAGAAGCUGCUAUCUUGAUCUAGCACCAAUUUCUCAUAACUAAUUUACAAGGAAAUGUGUAGCAGCUACAGGGGAGAAUUAUCAAUCAGAUCUUGGGAGUUAAAGGGUUAAGACGUGUAAUCACAACAGACAGUUAAAAUAAUGUUUUAGCUCCACUCAAUUUCAACUCUGCUGUUGAUUAACCACAAUUCUAUCUUCAAACUGCAAUUUUGAUAUUCUCUAGAGGGAGCCUAUUAUGUAAAAGCCUUGUAGUGUCUCAUGGGCUUUCAUGUUGCUAUCUUCAGUCUUAAUUUGCUUUUUCACAAUCGCAAUUUGAUAGUUAAAUUUAUCAUGAAAUCAACAAAAUAAUAUUCAAAAAUAAAUUGAGGGUCUACAGCUGAUUGGAUGGAGGUGUGAGAAUAACAAUCACACAAAUAAUGCUUUGACUUCUUUUGUAGUGAUUGAAAAUGAUUGAAAAUUCCCGCUUGACCACUACUGCAGGAAAUUAACUAAAGAAUUAUACUACAGGUGCAUUGUCUUUUACAAGAAAAUAUGGACGUAAGAUAGUGUCUUGAGGCACCUGCUAAUUCUUGUAUGAGCACAGCUUCAACAACUAUGAAACACAUAGCUUGUUAGCUUGUGGAAAAAUUGUGGGUUUAGAAGCUCUCUACCUUUUUUCAGAGAUGCUGACCAUACAUGUAUAUACAAUUGUGUUAUAUCUAAGCUGCAAAUUUUGUAGAUGAAUUGUUCUUUCCUUACUUCAAAUAUUUUACCAACUUAACCCAAAUUUUUUUGUUGGAAAAUAUGUUAAUUGAUCCAAGGAUAAAAAAUGACUGAAUUAUAGCAAACAGAAGUUUUCUCAAAAUUACUAUGAGAUGCAUCAAUAAAAUUUGUUCUGCUUUUUUUGUUGCAGUCCUAUUAUACAAAAGAUGAAGAUGAAAGACGUCCCACUGAAGUAUAAUAUUUUAACUUCCCAAAAACUCACUUGUGCAGCUGAACUAAGACAAGAAAUUUGCAGUCUUCCAAGUUGACCAUUGAGUUCUCUGUGCUGAAUCUGGAAAGUCUCUCUGCUGAUCAUGCAUUUUUAGUUUUAGGUUCAAUGAUUUUGGUAUUACCUUAAAUAACCUGUAGACUGAGUCUUUCAAAGCCUUAAAGUCUUUUCAACCAUAACUUUUUUUGUACAUGCAUAGGUGACUACGAUUAUGAGACUUAACAGACAGCUCAUCAACAUUUCGUCAAGCCCCUUGUCUUGGCACAAUUUAAGAAUUGUUUUGCAUUUCCUCUGUUCACUAUAAAGCUGUGGAUUAGUCACCAUAAUCUAUGUGAACAUAAGUAAAAGAUGAUAUAAUUCAGUGAAUGACACAGGCAUUCUCAGGAAAAAA